AUGUUACGAAAAUGGAGCAAAGUAGUUACGCCAAUCUCCAAAUUUGGAUCGCAGAGUCAUUUUGAUUUCGUCAAGAACGUCACGCGCCAUAGCUACGCUGGGGUUGCACCCGCGCCCAUGAUAGAGGACAAACCUCAACCCCCCAUGGUUAACCUAGAUAAAAUGUUUUGGUCUAAACCCUGUUCGCUGGCCCUGCCCCGUGACUCACCUCUCAGAGUUGAAGAACCUGAUUAUCAGGGCAUCAAGCGUUUCAUGCUCAAACUCAUGCUGUUUUAUAGUAAGCAGAGCAGGUCAAUUCGAGGGGCUAAUGUUGUGUACCAAAGAAUUAUUUCACAAGUUGAUAAACCUCCCAUUUAUGAAGUUUUUAACUUGGAGAAAACAUUCAAAACAACGUUCUCUUUACUUGUACUUCAUAUGUGGUUAUGUUUGCGCCGCUUAAAGCAAGAGGGAACGGAGGGUGUUGAACUUGGGCAGUACGUUUAUGAGAUAUACAAUCACGAUGUGGAGCUAAGAGUGUCCAAAGCUGGAGUUAACCUACUACUGAGUAAGUGGAUGAAAGAGCUCGAGAAGAUUUUUUACGGGAACAUUGUUGCUUAUGAUACUGCAAUACUUCCAGAAGCUAAACCGGGUGAUUUCACCAAUGCUAUAUGGAGGAAUAUAUUCUCUGAAGAUGGUUCUUCAACCCCAGACGAUGCUGCAUCUCAAUCAGUGCAGGCGCUGGCCAGGUAUGCUCGACGGGAAGUAAGUUGCAUGACUUUAACAGAUAAAGAAGCACUAUUUUCAGGGAAUUUCAUGUUCACCUCAUUGAAGCAUAAGAACAGAAUAGAAAAGGGACCUCAACGAUAG